CCGGAAGAAGCUCACACUUAUCACUUCAUUCACAUAGUGAGUAUCGAAAAAACAUACUCUCUCUAUCCAUUUUCUCUCUCUAGACUUGUGCCCCUCUCUCUCUAGAACCUGUGUAUUUGUGUGAGUAGGACGAUCUUAACGAGGCUACUACGCCUCUCCAUACUCGCUCAUUAAAUUAUAUAUACAUACAACUAUACAUACACUAUUUUAUAUGGGCUCUAUCUCCCCUUGUCACUCUCAUUCCAAACCCAUAUAAAUAUCUCUUCAUUUGGUGAUCAGGAGCUGUUUUUAGUGAUUCUCUAGCUGUUUCUUGAUUGCCCAGAUUCGAUUUUGCCUCACAUUUCAAUCCUAGGGUUGAUAAUUCGGAGUGAUUGUAAUCUGAAUUGGGAGAAUGGCUUCGGUUUUGCAUCCUCCGGUUACUGGAAAUUUGGUUUCAGGAACUUCGGCUUCAGACCUGCUGCAAAGCUCAAGUAAUGGUGUAAGUGGUGUGCCUUUGAGAGCCCUAGGAAGAGCACGAUUGGGCAUGAGUAAGAGGGAAUUUGUUAUCAUUGCAAAGGUAAGGAAGGGGAAGAAACAUGACUAUCCCUGGCCCGAUAAUGCGGAUGAAAAUGUAAAAGGUGGAGUUCUAAGUCAUCUAUCGCCUUUCAAGCCUUUAAAAGAAAAACCAAAGCCAGUUACUUUGGAUUUUGAGAAACCUCUUAUGGACCUACAAAAGAAAAUCAUCGAUGUGCAAAAGAUGGCCAAUGAAACAGGUCUCGACUUCACAGAGCAAAUUAUCUCUCUAGAAAACAAGUAUCAACAGGCUCUGAAAGAUCUCUACACACAUUUGACUCCAAUACAGCGUGUAAAUAUUGCACGUCAUCCUAAUAGGCCAACGUGUCUUGACCACAUCUUUAAUAUUACUGAGAAGUUUGUAGAGCUCCAUGGUGAUCGAGCAGGGUAUGAUGAUCCUGCAAUUGUCACGGGUCUUGGAUCUAUAAAUGGAAGAAGCUACAUGUUUAUUGGUCAACAGAAGGGUAGAAACACAAAGGAGAACAUCAUGCGCAACUUUGGAAUGCCUACUCCCCAUGGCUACAGGAAGGCUCUGCGCAUGAUGUAUUAUGCAGAUCACCAUGGAUUCCCUAUUGUUACUUUUAUCGACACUCCAGGAGCAUAUGCUGAUCUUAAAUCCGAGGAACUGGGCCAAGGUGAAGCUAUCGCUCACAAUCUGAGGACCAUGUUUGGUCUGAAAGUGCCCAUUGUUUCCAUUGUCAUGGGAGAAGGUGGGUCUGGUGGUGCUCUGGCCAUUGGAUGUUGCAAUAAAAUGUUGAUGCUUGAAAAUGCUGUCUUCUAUGUUGCCAGUCCUGAAGCAUGUGCAGCAAUCUUGUGGAAGACUGCCAAAGCAUCUCCAAAGGCAGCUGAGAAGCUUAAGAUAACUGCUACUGAAUUGACUAAGCUGCAAAUUUCUGAUGGCAUUAUCCCGGAGCCACUUGGUGGUGCACAUGCAGAUCCAUAUUGGACUUCACAACAGAUAAAAGCUGCAAUUGUUGAAUCAAUGGAUGAACUUUUGAAGAUGGAUAAAGAAGAAUUAUUGAAGCAUCGGAUGCUAAAGUACCGUAAACUUGGUGGUUUUCAAGAAGGAAUUCCACAAGAUCCCAUAAAGAAAGCGCAUAUGAAGAAAAGAACAGAACCCAGUACUCCCAGGCCUGGAAACUUAGAGUUAGAGAGCGAGGUUGAAAAAUUGAAAGAGCAAAUUCUAAAAGCAAAGGAAUCAUCUGCUGCUCCUCCAGACUUGGGUAUGAAUGAGAUGAUCGAAAAACUGAAAAAUGAAAUUGAUUAUGAAUAUUCAGAGGCAGCUAAAAGCUUGGGAUUGUCGGAUAAAUUUGUGGUGUUACAAGAAGAAUUUACAAAAGCAAGGAAUUCAAAAGACCAGUUGAUACAACCAGCUCUACUGGACAAAUUGCAGGAGCUCAAGGAUGAGUUUAACCAAAAGCUGCAUACCGCUCCCAACUACAAAAGCCUAGAAACUAAGCUCGACAUGUUAAAGGAAGUAUCUACAGCCAAGAGUAUAUCCGAAAAGAACAAGGGAGCAUCUCCUCUUCAGUUAGAAAUCCAAAAGAAGUACAAAGAAAUCUUGGAUCAGCCUGCCAUAAAGCAGAAAUUGGAGGCAUUAAAGGCUGAAAUUAAAAAUACAGGUUCAUCUGGGAUUGAGGGCUUGGACCAGGACUUGAAGGAGAAAAUUGGGCAGGUGCGGAAAGAUAUUGAAUCAGAACUUGCUGAUGCUCUUGAGCCUUUGGGAUUGCGUCUUAACAAAGUCCCUGUGCCAGUUAAAGAAAAAGUGGAUGAACUCAAUAAAGAAAGUAUCAAGAUAAUUGAAGAUGUUAUCAGUACCUCAUCAGAUUUGAAGCGCAAAAUCGAACUAUUGAAGAUAGAGGUGGCCAUUUCCGGAAAGACACCUAGUACAGAAUCAAAAAGUAAGAUACAAGCUUUAGAGCAAGAAAUAAAACAAGGAGUUGAGAAGGCUAUUAGUUCGUCAGCUCUGAAAGAGAAGUUCGAGAGGCUAAAGGCGGAGAUUGCUGAAGUUACAUCUUCUGAAGGAAAGGAUGGGAGCGUACUUCCAGGGUCGACUCCUGAAAUUAACUAUGAAGCUAACCGCAGCUAUUCUUGAGACAGGUGAGAGUUGAGGAAUGAAUCACACCGGUUGAUGAAUCUGUCGAAAUCAAACUACAUAAAGGCUUACAUACGACAGAGCUUUCUUAUAUCUCAACUCGUGAGCAGGCCCUAGUUUUCAUUCAGUGGAAAUUUAGAUUAUAUUACAAAGUAGAUAAUUAUUCAACAAACUUCCCCUUUUGGUUGAGAUUCUGACUUUUUGUUCUUUUACAUAGUAAAAUUUUAAGCGUUUUUAUGUUAUCGACAUGGAUAGAAAAUAAUGUAUAAAUUAUGCUGUAGUGACGGUUUAGAGAAACCUCAAGUUGUGUUGUGUGAUUGGUCUUCUCUGCA